CUUGGUGUAUUAGUCUGAGGUAAAAGGGGGGUGGGAAAAAAACCAUGCCUGUAAGUUUUCCCCCCUCAGCAGCAGUUAUAUAGGUAGUUGUGUGUAACCUAACGAUAUAAGUAUUUCCUCCGAGUGAAGUUUGACUGGUGUGUGUGUGUGUGCGCGCGUGCGUGUAUUAUGGUGCUAUGGCUGAGUCGAGCCUUGCGCACGCGGUUCCGAACGGGUCCAGUCGUCACGAGAAGAGUUUGGGGCUCCUCGCUAUCAAAUUCGUCACAUUGCUUCAAGAAACCAAAGACGGCAUCCUCGAUUUAAAAGUGGCUGCAGAAUGCCUGGCCGUCAGACAGAAAAGAAGAAUCUACGACAUCACAAAUGUCCUGGAAGGGAUCGGGCUCAUCGAGAAAAAGACUAAGAACACCAUCCAAUGGAAGGGUGAGAGUUCAGGCUGCCAGCCUCAGGAGAUUCUAGAGCAAGUGGAACAUCUGAAAGCUCAGAUAACAGAGCUGGAGAGGCAAGAAAGGGAGCUGGAUAUGCAGAAAGCAUGCCUUCAGCAAAGCAUCAAACACCUACAGGAAGACCCCAACAGCAGCAGAUAUAAUUAUGUGACUCAUGAGGACAUAUGUGAUGUGUUCAGCGGAGACACCCUCCUGGCAGUAAUGGCACCUGCAGGGACGCAGCUGGAAGUCCCUGUGCCAGAAGUGUCUCAGAAUGGCCAGAAGAGAUACCAGGUGAAUUUGCGGAGCCACUCGACUCCCAUCCAGGUGCUGCUGAUCAACAGAGAGACUUGUGGCUCCAGACCUGUUGUCUUCUCCGUGCCGCCUCCAGAUGAUGUUUGUGCCAUGCCCACUCCCCCCAGCACACCUGCCAGUGUGCAAAAGUACCCUAUCACUUCAGAGUCCUGUAGUUUGGAGCACAACCAGCUCAAGAGCCCACUGCCUGAGCACCAGCUCACCCCGUUGUCUACUCCACCUGAUGUUCAUAUGGAAUGCGACUCUGAAUCCCCAAGCACUCAGUGCUUGUUGAUGCCGGAGCCCCUUGUUGAACCUGAGACUUCUGCACAGCCGCAUGGAGAUCUGGUGGGACAGGAUAUGCAGGCUAUGCUGGAUGUGGGGAAUCUGCUCCGACUUAACACUGUGGACCAGAUGAAGGAGGAGAGAGAGGGUGUUGCUGAUCUCAUUGAUGAGCUCAUGUCAUCUGAUGUCUUCCCCCUGCUGCGCCUCUCGCCCAACCACGGUGUGGAUUACAAUUUCAACCUGGACGACAGCGAGGGAGUGUGUGACCUGUUUGAUGUUCAGAUUCUCAAUUAUUAAGAAAAGAUGAAUUCUUCUGUGGACUUUGGCACAGUUGUCUUCCCUUCCAUGGUAACACUCCAGAACAUUGCCACUGAUAAAUGCCAACAAACACACUGGAAUCCAUCACUCCUAUCCACACACUGUACCUUGGCCUGAAAUCAUCCCCUUCCCCCGAACCCCAGUUUUCCUUAUAUUAAGCGCCACAUUAUGAAUCUUACUGCUGACUUUGAUGCCAUCAGGUAUCAGAAUACCAUUAUUAGCCACGAAUGAGUUGUGUAGUCUACAUUGACAGUCUACUCUGCUUAAUACAAGUUCUGAGAGACUUUUGUUUUCGUUUUUUUGUCCUUACCCUUUUCAGUUUUGUUUUGUUUUGCUGCAUAGUUACUGGAGCAUGUCCCUUAAGAUCCUCUUUGAGAUCUGGAAUGCCGGGGGCACUUGUCUGCUUUUUGGUUAGUGUUUGUAAGAGUAAUUACAGUGCUGCCUUAUUUCAAUCCUGAAAGUUUACUUUUUGUAAGCUGUUGAAAAUGUUUUCUUGUAAAAUAAUUUGCCUAGUUUUUGUAUCUAAUUUAUCACUUAAUGUACUCUUGAAUAAGAGAAUGUGAUGCUGUUAAGCUGCCUUUAAGAAUCUAAAGGUCUAAUGGAUCAAACACCGGUGCCUUCAGUCGCACUAAUCAAAUUAGUGUUUUUUUUUUGUAUUGGUUGGUUUGCACAUUUGUUGAAUGAUUUUUUUUAAAUAAAAUGAUUGCAUAAAAAAUA